AGAGAGAGACUAACUGCUGGAAAAUACUGCCCAACAGGAUGAUUGACGAUACAUCAAAGCGCAAAUGAGUCGGAUUAUUUUCUCUUAAAUAUUGUGUGUGAAUAAGAUAACUACUCAAGAAAGUAAAGAUGAAAAUCAGUUAUUAUAUCUUGGUGUUGAUUCAGCUUCUGUCGACGAUAAACUAUGGACUUGGGGCAUCGGGUGGAGGCACUCCGAUAAGCGGUGUCGUCAUGGAAUGGCAAGAAAUCGUGUCGACGCACCUUUGCCCAUUGAUUGCCUGUGAGGGUUGGUGUGAUUGUACCGAGGUGGAAUCUAACUUUAUAUUUGCUGAAACGACUGUCGAUGAGGUUUCUCCUGAGUGCUUUAAUAAAAGUUUCUCUGAAGACGGCAAAUUAAAACUUUUCACCGACUGCGACCCGGCGGUACUUGACUCAGGUUAUUUCAGAUGGUGGCCCCCGAGUGGAGGUGCUCUCCCUCAAGGAACUACUUGUUUGCCUCAUGCGAUGGCGGGUGCACUACUGGAGCGAGUGAGAGGCGGUGACAAUGGACUCUACUGGAAAGUGUGUCUCACUGCCGACCAUUGUCUAAAUGUCAGCGAACUAUGUACGUCUGCACCUCAAGAAGAUAGCUGCAGUAUAUGCAACAGGGGUACCAACUCGGCAACAAGUGUCUCAACGCCUCGUCUACCGGGCGAAGGAACUCUUACCACAUCGUCAUCAUCAUCGUCAUCAUCGUCAUCGUCAUUAGGUCCGAUCCUACCUAGCGGUCUUGCACCCGAUUCUGGAUGCACCGGAUUUAAUCCAGUGGCCAGCAUUAUCGUUGUGGGCAUACUGCUUGCUUUUGUUGCCUUGUAUGGUAUUAUCAUUACAUUGAUGUACCUGCAUCUCAGACGCUCUAACCAUGGACCUAACACUGCUCGAGAGCACUCAGUCAGUUGCAGAGAGGGCCAGGAACUCGAUCCCUACACGUCCUUAGAUGCAACAACUAUGAAGCAACCAGCCUACGAGGACCUCAAAGCAACUAGAGACGGAAAUAGAGGCCAUACGAAAGCAAUUGAGGAGGUAGAUUAUGAAAAUCAAACAAUAGUGAAGCAAACAGAUAGAGUGCAGAAAUCAUACUUGGGAGAGGCCGAUGGUAAUAAUAAGCCGGUGUACGAGCCGCUUAAUUAAAAGUGAUUCCAUGAGGUAAUAAAUUAAAGUCAAACUGUCUACAAAGGUAACCCAACGGAAUCCCCAUAAAAUAGCCACUAGGUGCAAACAGCUUCUACAACACACUUUUUCUUUCUCAAAGGAGACAAAAUGCCUUAAUAGAGAGGUGGCCACAAAGACGCGUUUGACUGUAAAGCAUGAGCUCUAUAUAUAGUUAUAAAUGUAGCGAGUUUGUCAAAAUAUUAUAGGACAUUACUUGGAGAUAAUCUUUGUUGUUGUUGGUGUUAAUAUUUUUUUUUAUAUAAUGAAUAGGAUUUAGGGUGCGCUAGGCCUUUUAAUCAAGGUUUUGGAUAGGAUAGGAAUUACAGCUGUGAUAAACAAGGAUAGAAUUAGGUUUAUUAGUACAUAUCUCACAAGACGGAUUGAGUUUGAUUGCAUAAUUAUUGUGUAAUUACCGUAUAUAGCCGAAGCAGAGUUGAACUUUAAAGCCAUACUGUCUAGAAGCACUGCUCUGCAAAAUCCCAUCUAGCGCCAUCUCAGGUCAGCUAUAGCAGUAUGGUCCCGUAACUCGAUGCCGUGUGGAGUUUUGGGAAUUUUCCCCAUGAGCAGCUGUUUAUUUGUUUGGCCUUAUCAAGGUCCAGUCAAUUGGGGUCUGAGAGUCACUGUAUAUGCAUCUUAUAUAUUGAAUGGGCUGGUUACAUACAACUUUCAAAACCAAUUUUCAGUUCCAGUCUGCCCCUCAAAUCAACUUAUGAGUUUUGUGUGAAAGACAUGAUGUAGAAAAAUACAGAGGCCUGUCUAGAUGUUGUAGUCCUGUUGUUAUCUGAUUGUUUGAUCUUUCGACAAGGCUGUAGUAUUUCUAGUUGCUUUAGGACUUAGUGGAUAGCCAUCACACUUUUUUCCAUUUUAUUUUAUCUCAUUGAAAUGGCAUCUAAAUACAUAAUAGAUUAAUUUCGAAAUGGUAGUCCAAAUUUAGAAAGAAAGGCGAGUUAUGGAAUUUUUAUAAUAUCACCACAUCUGCUUUAAUAGGCGAAUCAUAAUGUGAAGGAUUCGGCUACGGUCCCCCUUCAGAGAGAAAGAAAAUGUAAUAAUGAAAAUAACGGAGACAAAAAUCUAGGGGUAAAUAACUGGUCUGCAUGAGGGAUUCCAGUACAGGAAGAAAACAAAAAUCAGAAAUUAUUUAUAAGUCAUUCCCCACUCCCACCCCUUUGACGCAAUGCUUUCGGAGUUAUGAAUCUUCAUUCGUUUUAAGAGUAUAAUAAACGCAAUGGUAUAAGAAGUUUAGGCGUUUAUAAUUAUUUUCUUUAAAAAUAAGCCUUAUUAAAUACGUGGCCCAGGCCACGCCCCAUUUGAUUUGACAAAUAGCCAGUAUGACAUUUGUUGUCUUUAAGAUGACAUGCCGGGUUUGCAAGGCAAAAUGCAAACCCAACCAUUGUGGGUGCGAACAAGUGCAAUAGAAGUACUGAGAUUUGUUUUGGAAUAUUAAUUUUGGUAAUAUAGGCACCCCUGUUGUGCCGCUUCAAUUGAUGUCCCUUGCAACCAGACAGAUUCACGACUCAUAAGAUACUAGAUCAAUAUGAUAUUUAUCACAUUAGAGUCCUUAUCACAUUUGAUAGUCAGACCCUUUUCCCUACAUUAAUCAAACUUAUUCUGUAUCAAAAAAGUCUAUAUACGCAUUGAUUUCUGUAUAUACAUGUGUAUUUUAUAUAAAAUCAAAAAAAUAUCAAUGCAAUAAACUGUAUUUUGAUGGUUGUAAGAUCUUUUAAAAAUGUGUUUUUACCAACUUAGCAAAUAUUUUGUAGUAAUUUGAAGGAAGAAAUGUAUCAGCUAUACUAUAACGCAAUUACCAAAAAAAUUAAAGAUAGAAUACCAUAGAGAUAAAUCUUCAGGGGCAAGUCUGAUAUGUAAAGUGCUAUUCGUUUCUUUAUGUUUUUUCUUCAAUAACAGAAAAGAAAACACAUUUUUGGCUCAUAUUUUAUACAACAUCUACAUGUGUUGAAUAUAGCUUACACCAUAAUAAACACUCCGGCAUUCUGCAUGUUCUUCUGAAAAAUUACUCGAGGAUUCACAAAACCGGAAUGUCAGUCUAAUAUGUGCAUUCUGACAAAUUCUGAGUUGCAAGAGACCUACCUUGUUAAUUUCAUGGGCUGUCUAUAUAAUAACAGCUAGAUCAGGAGCAGGAUGUUUUGUAGUUAUCUGUCUAUGAUUAUGUUUAAAUAAAUCAAAUCAUGGUCUUUACCUCA